AUGAAGUUACUAAUACUUCUUCUAACUGUCUGUGCUAUAGCUGCUGCAGCUCCAAAAAUUACAAAUGAGCAAACUUUUGAUCCGUCAUCUGAGAUUCCUCAAAACGAACGAAAUAUUCUGGUGAACCUUCUUAUCCGGCAGCUGAUCGCGUACGUUCGUUCUAUUAUCAAUAAUGGCUCUGAAGUAUUUGGCAUUCCGCCAUUAGAUCCUCUGGAAUUGGAACAUUUCCACUUAGUACUUCCAACUGGAUUGUUAAACGUAGACUUAGAGCUCAGAAAUGUCUUAGUGACUGGUAUCGGUGGAUUCGUAGUUCACAGGAGCAAUCUUCGUUUAUCUGACCUGACUUUCGAACUCGACAUUUCAGUACCUAAACUCGAGGUCAGUACUGAAGUCUACGAUUUAACCGGUAACCUUUUUAACGCUAUUCCACUCUAUGGCAACGGAAAAGCUGUCUUCCAGGUUGACGGAUUCCGUUUCAAAUCUAAGCUUUUCUUAAAACAAUCAGACGAUGAAAAAUCUGUAAUCAUUGACAGAAUUGAAGAGGCAUCUUUUGAUCUACCAAGUUUCAAGUCCGAUUUGAGCGGAGCAAUUGGCGGAGGUGACAUAGACCCCAUCGUAAACGCAAUAAUCGAGGAGGUCAUAGUGGACUAUAUCAAUCGCUUCCAAAGCGUCAUCUCUAAAAAGGCCUCAGAAGCAAUCGUGAAAUUUGCCAAUCCGCUACUUAACCAGCUUGACACAUGGAAGUAUAUUGCAAGACUACUUUAA